UGCUACAGUGUACGUACUAAUCAUGAAGACUUUCAUCUUUAUUUUUUUAGUGACUGUGAUAUCCUACGCAAACGCAGAAUCAACAGAGAUAUCACGAUUAUUACCUUUUGAGCCUAUACACAAUUCAACGUUCUGCCAGCAAGAGGGAUACGCGUGCAAAUCUUGCAAGAAAUCUGUCUACUGCGUACGUUUCGGUGGUAGCUUUAUCGAAAUCCCUAUCGCCGCCUGUAGUCCAGUGAGUAACUGUCUAGAUGGUGCCUGUACCCUGGACGAAAACCCCGACUGCCCUAUUGACCCCUCCGGCUCCAAUGCGUUCAUGUGCCGAACACCAGGAAUGUACCCGGACCCUUUCGAUUGCCAAACCUACCACCAUUGUGUGAAAUCGCCGAGAGCCACAACUUUGGAGCUUUUUACUGAACGCUGCCGCUGCAGCUAUGGGUACAGCCCUUCGACAACGUUCUGCGACGUUAGGUUGCGAGACUCCGCAUGUCCAGAGGAUUCGCAGAUAGCUCAUUGCGGAUUCAAAGGGCAAACGGGUAGUCUUAGAAGGAAUCCUUCGCUCUACUAUAUUUGCCAAUACCAUCCGCAGGCCAACAGUUCCUUGUACCCAUUUAUCUACGCGUGCGAAAACGGAAAACUGUAUGAUUCUUAUUUAUAUCUGUGUGUAUGA